CUUGUCUUUUUAAAUUCCCAAUGGUAUCUCUCUUCCCUGCCAUACCAUCCCUACUUCGUAUCCUCCUUCUCGCUCUCGUGUCUACCCACAGUUACGAGCUGAGGAUAGACUGUAUGCUGCUGUGUGAGGAGACCACCUCAGUACUGGACAUGCUCAAGCCCAAAGCAGAGGUGGUUGAAUCAGCAUGCCAGUGUCUCAGAAUGAGCACUCUCAUGCCAAGUUUCUGCAGGCUCAUCCUUGAUGUGGGAAACUUCCUCAACUAUGGAAGUCACACAGGGAACGCUGAGGGCUUUAAGAUCAGCUCUCUGCUGAAGCUGACUGAGACUAAGGCCAACAAGAGCCGCAUUACCCUGCUCCAUCACAUUCUGGAGGAGGCAGAGCUGAACCACCCAGAGCUGUUGAACCUUCCUGACGACAUUGAGAUUUGUGAAAAGGCAGCUGGAGUCAACCUUGACUCCAUUCAGGCAGAAGCCAGUGCCUUACUAAAACGACUUAAAGAAGCGGCAAAGAAAGUCACCAACUCUGUGGACGAUGUAAAGGAGCAGUUUGAAAAGGUCAUUGAGGAAAACCUGGAGGCCUGCCUGGAUUUGGAAAAGCGGUUUGCAGAGAUUGUGAGGAAGAAGAGUGACCUGGCCCUCUACCUGUGUGAGGAUGCAAACCAACUCUCCCUGGAAGAGCUCUUUGGCACCAUUAAGACCUUCAGGGGGCUUUUCAUCAAAGCCUUAAAGGAAAACAAGAGCAGAAAAGAGCAGGCUGUGAAGGCGGAGAAAAGGAAGAAGCAGCUUGAGGAGGAGGAAUCCAAGAGACAGAAGGGGGAGAACGGAAAAAUAAUCCGGAAAGGACCCCCACCACAGGACGAUGGCUGUAUUAUCGACCACCUCCUUAAUGAUAUCCGGAAAGGCUUUCAUCUCAGGAAGACCCGGCCCAGGUGCGAAACGGAUAGCCCCCUCUCUUGUGAAAUGAAUAGGGAUACGGGCCAGCCUGGAUCAAGUGUCAAGCCUGUAAAAGAUGUCGAAGCCUCCAGCAUUCCCAUUCCCACCCAACCCCAGGCAGAGGAGAGGGCAGCAAGAGAAGGAGUGAACGGAUGCCCCAGCAAACCCAAAGAAAAAUACCCAAAAGAAACAGCUUUGGCAAAGACUAACCAGCUCCCAGCUGAACUCCAGGAUGGAGGGGAGCCUCUGCCAAGCCUCCCCACAGACAAUUCGCCACCUCCGGCGAUACUAGGAAUGGAUGUCCUAAAUAACACCCCAAGCCACUCUACCUUCACAGACCUGGCUGAAAUCAACCAGAAUGUCAACAGUGGCCUGGUGACAGAGGACUUGAUGCCUGAGUGCUCACAGAGCAAUGGAGAGGGUCAACUUAAUGGAGCCUGCACACUGGCUGUCGCUGAUAUGGACAUGAUUAUAGAGAAAAAGCUGAUGGGAAAAACCAUUGGCCAAGAUGAUGUUGAAGGUAAGAGCAGCAGCAUGAUGGUAAAGACUCUUAGACCAGAUGAGACUGGGGAUGACAAGAUGGUGGCACAGGAUGACGGUGUAACUAACAGACACCGAGACACCAAUGGCAACAAGUGUUUGGUCAGUGCGGUGCAAAGCGUUCUGGCUUACGAUGUGCACGAUGGAGUGGACUCUAAAGAUCUGCUCUCAUUGGUAUCCGAAGCUCUGCCUUCUUUUAAGUCGGGACCCCUAACACCAGAGGAUAAAAAACAGCAGAAGCUAUUUAGAAGAAACAAAAAUAAGAGUAAUGAAGGUAAUGUAUUCAUUCAUUCUAAUAAAGAUGUUUGGAACUGUGGUCUCCUGACGUGUAUGAAAGGGAGAUGUUGUCCCCUUUUUUUAUGUGGUUUUAUUGCAUUUUACAUUUUAUAUAGUGUCUGAUCAUUUGGUGCUGUUUUUAAAACUUAAGUUUUAGCAUGAAUGUACUGUUUUUGGAAAUCGAUCUUAAAAACCUCCCAUUUACAUCACAUUGAGUCCUUUCAUGAUCAUCAUGUAGUUUGUUUUUCGUGUUUUUUUCUCUGACUCUCUAAAGCACAAGGUAACACUGGAAAGGGACACCCUAAAUGUAAAAAGGGGUGUGUGUUGCAGUGAGGUAGGUCAAACGACUGGAUGGAAAACUAACUGGUGCAAGCAGGAACAUUUAACAACCCAUCAGCACCAAGCCAUGAUUUCAAUUAACAGACGUGCGUCGGUCUAACCGGGAUCUGGUUUAAUCUGAUUGUGUCUUGUCCUGCUAUUAACACUGUCCUAUUCAGUAAAAAUCUAUAAAAUCCCUGGUAUUCAAAUUGUAAUAACUCAAGAUAAACCACUUUGUCUGGCAUCUUGGCUGCUACUUUAUGCCCUGUUGUCAGCCUGAAUCUUGUAUCUUGACAAGACUUAAGCUCAAACGGACACCUCAUAAACGCCACAGUUGAACAUUUAUAAUUUACACACUUCGAUGUCAUACCUCAGCGGGAAGACCUUGCUUAGCACUUCUCUUUUUUUGAAGGAGUUUUUCUGUCUUUGUUUCCUGUACCUCCGUACCCAUAUGUUGUUGAACUGCCCAACCUCACAACAACCUAAACAACUAAAUGGAUUAUUUAACCUACUAACACAAUUACUUUUUUCGUGCUUCUUGUAAACUGUGUCCUUUUGUAAGUCUGUCUUUUCUGAAAGAUGUUUUAAUUUAAAUUAAUUUAGUGCUUUAAUGAUCUAGAGACUGAUGCAACCAGUAGCACUAUAUGAUUAUUUUGGAAAUGAAAUGGCAUAAGAAACAUAAUAAAAGUCCAUUCUCACCCCUGCCAAGCCUCUUUCUGAUCCAUCAAAUGCAAUAGUAACUACAAAUGUUGGGAUAUUAUCGGCAUACUAUUUUAAAGUCAUUGGUAUGCCAUUUGAUUCCUUCAAUCUACUAAUUUCAGUCUGUCCUUUCCCUAGGCGAUUCCCGGAAAAGGAAGUCAAGAGGGAAGGAAAUGUUGAGAUGAUUUUUUUUUCUCCCAUACAUGGUUUGUGCACAUUGCAAUGGACUAGGUCUACGUUAUAUUGGACUAAAUUGAUUCCUCCAAGAAGAUAUCAGCAUGUUCUUUCUUCCUUUGGAGGAUUUUGAGUUCUUAAAUAUUGAAAUCAACUGAAAACCUGCCAUUGUUCCCUGGCCAGGUUGAUUUGUAGCCGACCAAGAGGCUGAGUCAUGAACAUGUUCCCAUGCAGCCUGUUAUGUUCCAUGAGGCUACUACUGUCUGUGGUCUCUGCACAGCCUCAAUCUCAGCAAACCUACUGUCACUUUUGAAAUAAAUUAAUGAUAUAUGUUGAAAAGAAAAGAAAAUUCCCUUA